CCCUGUCCACACUGCUGGGUUCCUCCAGUUGGUGAGGAUCGUGGAUCCGGAUCGUCCGCUGCAGGCAGCUCCCCAGGCCUCCAUAGUGUUCUCUGGGGGAAGACUCCACCUUUGGAGGUUGCUGACAAGGCUCCCGCCUCUCGACUUCGUCCCCAAACCGGUUCAGCUUUCUCCUGAAAGGCGUGCCAGACUGCUUCAGACUCGGCGGCUGAGUGAUCCAGAGGCUGCAUCUGGAAGCUAAAAGUAAAGGCACCACCGAGGAGCAGGGGAGGAAGAGAAGUUCGUGGGUGGCGGGUGACCCGACCUGGCCCAGAGCCGGGACAGCAGGAAGGGUCUGGGUGUGGAAUUCUGAUCAGGCUAGGGUCAGGGGACGCCAAAGAGGCGCUGCCUCCCUACUGUGAGCCGCGGUUUCGAGGGUCCUCAGCCAGCGCAGAACCACGCGUGCCCGAAGCCCACUCGGAUUCUGGGCGCCGGUAUCUGGGCUGCGCCCUCACUUUCGCGCUCCGUGGAUGCGCUGCUUCAGGCCGAGCUCGGAACCCCGCGCCUUGCCCACUUCCUGAGUUGCUCCUCCAGCGUCGGGGUGCACAAUUCUGUCCAGGGAUCCAGCCCCUCAUCUGCGCGUGGCCGAGCCCUGGGUGGCGGCGACUGUGUUUGGGGCGGUACAGCGAGAUCCCGGGCGGGUGGGGGACCAGGGCUGCGCUCAACCUUGGUUCCACCCGGAGAGAACAAGGAACGCGGGGCGUGGUCAGGCCCGCCCAGAGGCUCAGCGCCUUCCCCGGGCCGUGGCGAAGUUGAGCAAAAAGUUUGAGGCUGGAGGGGAGCGAUCCCUUGGAGUCUGUGUGAGACCAGUGCUUCAGUUGUCCCUCCGUCGCGGAGCUGAGCCCGAGAAGAGUUGCUUUCCGUCCCUGGCCGCUAGAGGGACAGACUGGGUAGGGACCUCCACCGGUAGUUGGCGGCGCCUUCGUGGGUCUGUGAGGGAGACGGCCCCACGCCUGUGCCUUGGCGCGAACUCGCGCUCUAGCAGGGCAGACUGCAGCUGUGGGUUCAUCAGCACGGGCAGGUUUGGCGGGACUUUGGGCGCUGUUCUCACCAGCGCGUCUUGCACCAGCCCUCCCCCACCCCGCCCUCCUGGAGACUCGGAGACCUAGCGGCUUCCGAGCUCAGGCAGGGGACCGGGCGACCCGGCAGGUUGAGACGCGGUUCUUCGUCCCAGAGUAUGCGCCUCGCAAUGCCGGUUCUGGGAAUUUUAUGCAACUGGACUCUCCACCAACCUCAAAGGGUGAAGAGCCGGCCUGACGAAGAGAGCCAGGAGUCACUGACUCAUGCGUCGGGCCCGAAUCCGGAGUCCCUUGGAACGGAACGUUCGUGGGGUGGGAAGUUUAGUAGAAAGCUAGAUUCCCCGACCCACGGGGUUCUGGUGAUUCAGUCGUGUGCAGCACCCUACGCUAGGUCCAGGGCCUCUGGUUGGGCACCCUGUCCACGUGCUUGGAGCCCAGGCAGCGAACCCCACCACUCUUUCCUCCUGUCCCUCAGAUCUGGCCGCCUCCGGGAAUGACGAGGGCGCUCUCACAGCCCAGGGAGGUGGAGAGGGCGAGCCCCACGGCCAGUCACCAGACACCCGCCUGGGCAACACCGAUAAGCAGCUGCACACUGGAGCCGCCGUUACCUCUAGCAGCGCCGGGGCAGCAUCGGUGGCUCCUUGUCAGCGGGAGCCCCGGGACCUGGCUAUGCAACCAGCAGACUGUCCCCGGGGACUGCUCCCACGGCCAUGCAGAGUGUUGGUGCUGCUGAACCCCCGGGGUGGCAAGGGCAAGGCUCUGAAGCUCUUUCAGAGCCGUGUGCGGCCCCUUCUGGAGGAGGCUGAGGUAUCCUUUAAACUGAUGCUCACCGAACGGCAGAACCAUGCCAGGGAGCUGGUGUGUGCAGAAGAACUGGGUCACUGGGAUGCCUUGGCGGUCAUGUCCGGUGACGGUCUGAUGCACGAGGUGGUGAAUGGGCUAAUGGAACGACCUGACUGGGAGAGUGCCAUCCAGAAACCCCUAUGUAGCCUCCCUGGAGGCUCUGGCAAUGCGCUGGCAGCUUCUUUGAACUACUAUGCUGGGCACGAGCAGGUCACUAAUGAAGAUCUCCUGAUCAACUGCACACUGCUGUUAUGCUGCCGGCAGCUGUCACCCAUGAAUCUGCUGUCCCUGCACACCGCUUCCGGACGGCAACUCUAUUCUGUUCUCAGUCUGUCCUGGGGUUUCGUUGCUGACGUGGACUUGGAGAGUGAGAAAUACAGGAGCUUGGGGGAGAUUCGUUUCACGGUGGGAACCUUUUUUCGCCUAGCAAGCCUGCGCAUUUACCAAGGCCAACUGGCCUACCUUCCUGUAGGGAAGGCUGCCUCUAAGAUACCUGCUUCCUCACUGGCACAGAAGGGCCCUGCCAACACAUACCUCGUUCCUCUGGAGGAGCCAGUGCCACCUCAUUGGACUGUGGUGCCAGAGCAGGACUUCGUUCUGGUGCUGGUGCUGCUUCACACCCACCUGAGCACAGAGAUGUUUGCAGCACCCAUGGGCCGCUGCGAGGCUGGUGUUAUGCAUCUGUUCUAUAUACGUGCGGGGGUGUCAAGGGCCAUGCUGCUGCGCCUCUUCCUGGCCAUGCAGAAGGGCAAGCAUAUGGACCUCGACUGCCCGUACUUGGUUCAUGUGCCAGUGGUUGCCUUCCGCCUGGAACCCAGGAACCAGAGGGGAGUGUUUUCUGUGGACGGGGAGCUGAUGGUGUGUGAAGCUGUGCAGGGCCAAGUGCACCCAAACUACCUUUGGAUGGUCUCUGGUAGCAGUGACUCCCCGUCCGGCCGGGACUCCCAGCGGAGGCCACCUCCAGAAGAACCAAUAUGACUCUGUGCCUUUGUCUACUAUGUCUACACUGAGAUGGGACCCUCCCUCUCAUCCAUCUCCUGGUAUGGGAGGUUAUUUCUAAAGCUCAUAUGGAGGUGGUGGGGACCCCUGUAGAGAAAGCUGGAAGGUGGGGCUAUGUUUUGGAAAGACUCUACCCUCUAGUUAGAAUGAGACUGGGGUCAGAGUCCCACUGGCUGGGCCAGUUGCAUACAGUUGCUCUUGGAGCCCUGUCCUGAGAACCAAAUUCAAAUAAAGAGACUUUUCCAA